CAAGCAUCAACUCUGCAAAAGUAACGGAAACCAACAAGCGAAGCAAGAUGACAACAAUGAUUCAGGCUGUGGCGGCGGGCUCUGUGCGGAUGGUGCGAGAGCAGAUGGAACAAGGGGCAGACAUCAACUCGGCCGGAUCCGAAGGGCUGAUGCCCCUCUGCGUCGCAGCCUUCUGGGGCCACCUUCCACUCGUCGAGAUGAUGCUGGAGAACGGUGCAGAUGUGAACGUGCAGAACCCAAGCAACAAGUGGACGCCGCUCCACGCUGCUGCGAUUCAAGGUCACGGUAAGGUGGUGUUUGCCUUGAUGGAUCACAACCCAGACACCACGCUGGUGGACGCCAACGGCUGCACUGCCGCGGACUAUGCAUCGGCGCUUGAUAACGUGUGGCCACACUUUGCUGCGGCGGGACACACACGCACGCCCAAGCCAGAGCUCAUCAAGAAGGGCAUCAUCUUCAAAGUGCCAAAGAAGACGCACGACCACGUCAUGGCUGCGUCCCACCUCAACCGACCUGGUUCUGCAUAUGCGGUCCGCCAGCGUCCUCUUUACGGGCGGGACACGUCCCACGGCGAUGUGCUGGCAGAGGAGGACGAGGGCGAUGGCGGCCAGCACCGCAGCAGCGUACCAGAGAUUCUCCGCUCCUGAUGCGACACACACACACACACACACACACACACACACACACA